AUGUCGAAGAUCAUAUUUACUCAAUUAUUUUUAUUUUUGUUAAUUUUCAUAUUUUUUUCAUCUGUGCUCGGUGGAGAUGAAUUUGAAGAUUAUCGUUGUAAAUGUGUGUGUCCAUCCUUCACAGUUGUACAAGAUUUUGCAAUGAACGAUACAAAUCGUCGUAUUUACGUUGAUGUUGUUCCGGCAGAAAAUUGUACCUGUAAACAUGUUGUAUUUCGAACAAUAUCAGCUCCAGCUGACUUUCAAGAGAGAUUUUGUCCACGCUGUCUGUGCAAUUAUGAAGUGAGAAAUACAACAACAAUGAAGGACAUGCGCGAAGAAUAUAUUCCAUUUGUGACAAUUGUCAUAAAAAGAAAGGUCACACAUGACCAUGCAUUUGGUGUUUUAACUGCACGAUCCCAACGACGUGAAACUUCGACAAAACUUUCCCAUGAGCGAAAUAAAACAAUUGAGAAAAAUCUUAUUUUAGUUGUUGUCAUUAUCAUUAUGGUUGCCAUCUCAUUAUUAUUGAUUUAUAUGUCGUUUCUAUUAUGUCUCGAUCCGCUAAUGAAUCAGUCUCGGCAACCGAAACAUUAUGAAAGACAAAUUAAUGAAGCAGUUGAUUUAGAUAAUCCAACACAAGAAUGUGUAUUUAGCGAUCCGGCAACAAAUAGUUUUCUAACAUCAUCAACGCAGGCAAAUCUUAAUGCAUCUAGACAUAGAUCUAGUACAGUAUUAAAUCUAGUUACACAUGAACAGUCAAAAUGGCGUAAGUCACUUAUUCGCAUUUAG